GUUAGCGUGAUGUGGGAGGAGAGUGACAUUUAAAUUUUUUCCACAUCACUUCGCACAUCAGAAGAUAAAAAAUGAGCUCCAAAGAUCAACUAUUUCUUCGGAAGCUCGAAAGUUGCGAGGACAAGAAAGAAAGAGGGAAUUGAUUCGAACAUAUUUGAAAAAAAUCCACGAAGAGACGCAUAAAAGAAUGUAAAAUUUGUCCCCAAUUUUCCCGUUGGAUGUGAAUGGCUAAAUAUGGAAAAGGACAAGGCCUUGUCCAUCAAAGGAAACUUGCGUGGAAAAAUAUGCGUAUUGGACUUUUUCACGUAUUGUUGUAUAAAUUGCCUGCAUGUUUUGCCUGACUUACAUCAGCUUGAAUCAAAUUACAGCAUCGAAGAUGGUCUGGUUGUUGUUGGUGUUCAUUCAGCCAAGUUUGAAAACGAGAAAGUCUCUACUAAUAUACUCAACGCUAUUUUAAGAUAUGACAUCACACAUCCUGUAAUAAAUGAUAACGAAGCUGUUCUUUGGAAUGCUAUGGAGAUAGCGUGUUGGCCAACAUUGGUCAUAGUUGGACCAAAUGGUCAACUUUUGUUGACCCUUGUUGGUGAAGGUCAUCAUGUGAUAUUGAUGGAGUUUGUUGAUGCUGCAUUGAAGUGGUUUAAAUCAGUUGGUGAAAUAAAGGAUCACUCAAUCAACAUAAGCCUGGCAAAAAACAGCCUUCCAAAAACAAAUCUCUUGUUUCCUGGCAAAAUAUCAUUAAAUGAAUCCGGAGACCAGUUAGCCAUCUCCAACUCAGGUCAUCAUCAGAUCUUGCUGGUGGACGUGGGUGGUAAUGUUAUGUCAACUGUGGGUAAGGGAAUCGCAGGUUUGGUUGAUGGGGACUUCAAGGUGGCACAGUUUAACAGUCCACAAGGUGUGGCAUGGCAUGGCAACCAGAUUCUCUAUGUGGCCGAUACCGAGAACCAUGCAAUAAGAAAGAUCAAUUUAAAAGAAAAAGUAGUGAGCACAGUAGCUGGAAUGGGUACUCAAGGCAAUGAUAAAGUUGGUGGAAAAACUGGCAAAGAUCAAGCAAUCAGUUCACCAUGGGAUGUUGUGAUUGGCCCUUCCCCAGGUGCCUUGGAUAUUUUACAUGACGAAAGUGUCCUGUACAUUGCUAUGGCUGGAACACAUCAAAUAUGGGGACUGUGUUUGUCCGAUACCAAGUGGCUAAAGAGAAGUGACGAAAAAGCGAUGACGUGUCUAAGGUUUUCCGGAAGUGGAGCAGAGGAGAAUCGUAACAAUAGUUAUCCGCACAAAACUGGUUUUGCCCAACCAUCGGGUCUAAGUGUCGCCCGUGAAAAGCCAUUGGAAUGUAUUUUCCUGGCUGAUAGCGAGAGUAGCAGCGUCAGGUCCGUAUCGAUUGUCACGGGUGGUUCAAAGGCUCUGGUUGGAGCGGACAGAGAUCCAAUGAAUCUUUUUGCCUUUGGCGACAUUGACGGUAAAGGAGUUGAUGCAAAGCUACAACAUCCUCUGGCUGUCGCUUGGAAUAGUCGAAAAAACGAGCUCUAUGUUGCGGAUUCUUAUAACCACAAAAUUAAAGUGAUUGAUCCAUUAAAAAAGACUUGUACGACGAUGUUAGGUACUGGCCAGGCUGGAUGUGUGGAUGGUGAAAUAAAGGAUGCACAAUUUAACGAACCAGGCGGUCUGUGUGUCAGCGCAGAUGGUAACGUGUUAUAUAUUGCCGAUACUAACAGUCACGUUAUACGCAAAGUGGAUAUAAAAGGUGCUAAAGUCAGCACGUUACCCAUAUUAAGUCUUGUUGCUGCGGACGUGGACGCCUUGGCAGACUCGGCCGACAACAUCAAAGAUCCACGAGAAAAGUAUCGACGACUCGCACCGAAAAAUGCGAAGAUCAUACAAUGUAAUCCUGUCAAAGUUAAUGACAAUUCAUUAGACGUACAAUUUACUUAUGGUUUACCAGCCCAGUGUAAGUUAACAGAAGGCGUAAAAAGCAAAUGGCAAUGUACAGCGUUUAAAGAUUCCUUGGAAGAAGAUGCUCGUGUACUCCACAGCGGAGUUUUGCCCAAAGUUGGUACACCUUCGUCCUUCGUGGCGAAAAUGGCCGAAAAUUCUGAAACUCAAAUCAAAGUUGAGGCAAAGAUAUACUUCUGUGAACCGGACGGUGCAUGUUAUAUGCAAGGAAUUGUAUACGUGCUACCUGUAGUGCAUCAUGGUGAAGGCUCGCUGAAAGAUGACGGACCUGUAAAGCUACAUUUUGACUGCACUAAACCUUAAAACUCGUGAUAGCUGCCAAAUAAUUUUUCUCUUUUUUGCAUUGCGUAAUAAUUUGACUCUCGACCUACAUAAAAUAAUCACCAUGGCAUUAUCUCAGUAUACAUUCAUUGUGAGUUAGAAGAUGCACCAUUGUUCAAUAGGCUACAACAAAAUAACAACUCGUUUUCAUUUCAAGUA